ACAUGAAUGAAUAGCUGAAAGCAAUGAAGCACCGCCCAAUCAUGUUUGAAGCAUUUGACUCCGACACUCUAUUCAUGUUUGCGUGUCUAGCUUUUUUUUUCUGCAUGCAUGUUACUAAUAGUCUAAUACUAUACUUUUCUUUGUCUGAAACCAAACCUUAAAUUUCAACUCAAAACCCACCCAUUUCCACCCACUUUCCUCACUCUUAUUAUCCUACUCAUCAAACACUAACAUGCCAACAACUCAACCACCCUCCACCGCCGUCAUGUUCACCGGAGCUCUUUUCCGUCACUGGUCACAACCCAUUUUUCUCACCACUCUGUUUUUCCUCUGUUUCAUUACACACUCACAUUCAAAUGAGCUUCAAUAUCUUAUGAACUUCAAAUCCUCAAUACAAACUUCUCUUCCAAACAUUUUCACUUCAUGGAACACAUCAACUUCUCCUUGCAACUUCACCGGAGUUUUAUGUAAUUCCGAAGGUUUUGUUACACAAAUCAACCUUGCUAACAAGAAUCUUGUAGGAACUCUUCCUUUUGAUUCCAUUUGCAAGAUGAAAUAUCUUGAGAAAAUCUCUUUAGAGUCUAACUUUUUGCAUGGAAGCAUCAAUGAGAAGUUGAAAAAUUGUACAAACUUGAAGUAUUUGGAUUUAGGUGGAAAUUCAUUCAAUGGAACAGUACCUGAAUUUUCAUCUUUGAGUAAGUUGGAAUAUUUGAAUCUAAAUUUAAGUGGAGUUUCUGGCAAAUUUCCAUGGAAAUCAUUGGAAAAUCUUACAAGUCUAACAUUUUUAAGCCUUGGUGAUAAUAUAUUUGAAAAAAGCUCUUUCCCUUUGGAGAUUCUUAAGCUUGAAAAAUUGUAUUGGCUUUACCUAACUAAUUGCAGCAUCUUUGGUGAAAUUCCAGUUGGUAUUGGAAAUCUCACUCAGCUUCAGCAUCUUGAGCUUUCUGACAACAAUUUAUCAGGUGAAAUCCCACAUGAUAUUGGAAAGCUUAAGAAUCUAAGACAGCUUGAGAUAUAUGAUAACUAUUUGAGUGGAAAAUUUCCAUUUAGAUUUGGUAACCUUACCAAUCUUGUUCAAUUUGAUGCUUCUAAUAAUCAUCUUGAAGGUGAUCUUUCUGAGCUAAAGUCAUUGGAAAAUCUUCAAUCUCUUCAGCUUUUUCAGAACAAAUUCUCAGGAGAAAUUCCACAAGAGUUUGGAGAUUUUAAGAAUCUUACAGAACUUUCUCUUUAUGAUAACAAACUCACUGGUUUUCUUCCACAAAAGCUUGGUUCUUGGGUAGGAAUGCUAUUCAUAGAUGUUUCAGAUAAUUCACUUUCUGGUCCUAUACCACCUGACAUGUGCAAGAACAAUCAGAUUACUGAUAUAGCACUGUUGAAUAACAGUUUCACAGGAAGCAUACCAGAAAGCUAUGCAAAUUGCACAGCUUUGGUACGUUUCAGAUUAACUAAGAAUUCACUUUCAGGUAUUGUUCCUAGAGGUAUAUGGGGGCUACCAAAUUUGGAACUUUUUGAUCUUGGAAGGAACAAAUUUGAAGGUUCAAUUUCAUCUGAUAUUGGAAAAGCUAAAUCUCUAGCUCAACUGUUUUUAUCUGAUAAUCAAUUCUCAGGUGAGUUACCAAUGGAAAUCUCAGAAGCUAGUUCUUUGGUUUCAAUUCAGUUAAGUUCGAAUAGAAUUUCCGGUCACAUACCGGAAACUAUAGGCAAAUUGAAGAAACUAACUAGUCUUACUUUGAAUAACAACAAUGUUUCUGGUAUUCUACCUGAUUCUAUUGGUUCUUGUGUUUCUCUUAAUGAAGUAAACUUAGCUGAAAAUUCUAUUUCUGGUGUAAUUCCAACUAGUAUUGGUUCUUUGCCUACCCUUAAUUCAUUGAACUUGUCUUCAAACAAGUUUUCUGGUGAGAUUCCAUCAAGUUUAUCGUCUCUAAAACUCAGCCUUCUAGAUUUAUCAAACAAUCAGUUUUUUGGUUCCAUACCAGACUCACUUGCUAUUUCAGCUUUUAAAGAUGGUUUCAUGGGAAAUCCUGGCUUAUGCAGCCAGAUUUUGAAGAAUUUCCAACCAUGUUCAUUGGAAUCUGGUAGCUCGAGGCGAGUUCGAAACCUUGUAUUCUUUUUCAUUGCUGGUUUAAUGGUUAUGCUUGUUUCAUUAGCAUUUUUCAUCAUCAUGAGACUAAAGCAGAAUAACAAGUUUGAGAAGCAAGUUCUUAAGACUAAUUCUUGGAAUUUCAAGCAAUACCAUGUGCUAAACAUCAAUGAGAAUGAAAUUAUUGAUGGAAUCAAAGCUGAGAAUGUGAUUGGAAAAGGAGGGUCAGGGAAUGUUUACAAAGUUGAGCUUAAAAGUGGUGAAGUAUUCGCAGUCAAACACAUAUGGACUUCAAAUCCAAGAAAUGAUCAUUACAGAAGCAGUUCAGCAAUGCUAAAAAGGAGUUCAAAUUCACCCGAGUUUGAUGCUGAGGUGGCAGCUCUAAGCUCUAUAAGGCAUGUGAAUGUGGUGAAGCUAUACUGUAGUAUCACAAGUGAAGAUAGUAGUUUGCUUGUGUAUGAGUUUUUACCAAAUGGUAGUUUGUGGGAAAGGUUGCAUACAUGUAACAAAACUCAGAUGGUGUGGGAGGUUAGGUAUGAUAUUGCACUUGGUGCAGCUAGAGGAUUGGAGUACUUGCAUCAUGGUUGUGAUAGACCUGUUAUGCAUAGAGAUGUUAAAUCAAGUAACAUAUUGCUUGAUGAGGAAUGGAAGCCAAGGAUUGCUGAUUUUGGACUUGCUAAGAUUGUGCAAGGAGGUGGAAAUUGGACUCAUGUCAUUGCUGGAACACUUGGCUACAUGGCUCCUGAGUAUGCCUACACAUGUAAGGUGACAGAAAAGAGUGAUGUAUACAGCUUUGGAGUAGUACUGAUGGAGUUGGUAACAGGGAAGAGACCUGUGGAGCCAGAGUUUGGAGAGAAUAAGGAUAUUGUAAGUUGGGUAUGUAGCAACAUUAGGAGCAAAGAAAGUGCACUUGAAUUGGUAGAUUCUACCAUUGCAAAGCAUUUCAAAGAAGAUGCCAUUAAGGUGUUGAGAAUUGCGACGUUGUGCACGGCGAAAGCUCCAUCUUCAAGACCAUCAAUGAGAACGUUGGUUCAAAUGCUUGAAGAGGCAGAACCAUGUGCUCCAUCAAAAGUUAUUGUUACCAUAGAUGGUUAAACCUUUUCCAGCAAGAGUUUUCUAUCAGCUGCACACUGCACUCAUUUUUCCUCUAUGAUAUAAGCUAAGCAAGACAUACCGUGAGGGAGUGAAAGGGUGAUAAAUAGUUAAUAGUAAAUACUAGUAUAAAUGUGUAUGCAUAAGGUGCAACACAAGUAUUUUUUAGGAGGCCAUCCAUCGUAGUAAACACACUAGUUUUUUAGUGCGAUCAUACCAACAAUAAUGUAUCGAAUUUGAUCAGAACUCCACAAGUAAACACGUAUGGACAAGAGUAGCACUAAGAUGUGACCAUGUGGAAAGUCCUAGUGUUGCCUGUUAGAGACUUUAGUCCUAUAUAUAUAUAUAUAUAUAUAUAUAUAUAUAUUAGUCUUAUUUGGCAUUCGACAUGAUCUUAUCUUGUAUAUAUAGUAGUCUUAUUUAUCUUUAUCUAUGGUAAAAUUUUCUUAUGUCUUC